CUACGAUACAACAUACAUAAUAAUUUUAUAAUAAUAAUAAUAACAAGAGGAGACUGAAUGUCAUGUCAGAAGUCGAUACUGCAUCGGUGACAUCCGUGACGUCACUGGGAUCAGGGAGACCUAAGAAAUUUGUGUGUAAUUUUGAAGGAUGUGAAAGAGCAUAUUCUAAACCAUCAUUAUUAGAACAACAUAAAAGAUCACAUACAGGAGAAAGACCAUUUAUAUGUUCACAAGAUGGAUGUAAUAAAUCAUUUCUAAGAAAAUCUCAUUUAGAUGCUCAUUUAAUAUCUCAUAAUUCUGAUGAAGAAAAACCAUUUAGAUGUUCUAUAUGUGGUAAAGGUGUAAAUACUCCUCAACAUCUUAAACGUCAUGAAAUAAUUCAUACAAAAUCAUUUAUUUGUACGGUUGAAGGAUGUCAAGAAUCAUUUUAUAAACAUCAAUCAUUAAGACAUCAUAUACUUUCAAUUCAUGAAAGAAAAUUAACUUGUGAAAUUUGUAAUAAACAAUUUAAUCGACCUUAUAGAUUAGCUCAACAUAAAGUAAAACAUCAUAGUGAAGCUCCAGCUUAUCAAUGUGAUCAUACUGGAUGUUUUUCAAGUUUUAAAACUUGGUCUGCUUUACAAUUUCAUGUUAAAACUGAACAUCCUAAAUUAACAUGUGCUAUUUGUGGUAAAGGUUGUGUUGGUAAAAAGGGUCUUAAAUCUCAUAUGUUAAGUCAUGAUGAAUCUAAAAUGCUUAAACUUUGGAAUUGUAAUUAUUGUACUUCAAGAUAUUCCAAAAAAAUCGAACUUAUUGAACAUUAUAAUUUGAUUCAUGAUGGAAAUAUUCCUGAUGAUUUAUUAACUAUUCAAGAUAAACUUAAAUUAGAAGAAUUAUUAAAUGAAACUGAUAAAAAUAUCAAUAAUUCUUUUGAUGAUGAUAAAAAUAUGGAUCUUAAUACUUUAGAAGGAUUAAAAAAUAAAGGUUAUCAAUCUGUUUCUGAUAGUGAAGAAGAUGAUGAUGAUGAAGAAUUUGAAGAUCAUCGAUCAGAUUCUCCUCAAUCUCAUACUUCGAUUGAUACUUUAAAUAGUAAAUUAAUGAAUGGAACUGAAUCAAUUAUUGGGUUAAUUCUGAAGAAUUUCUCUAUGAGAAAACUUCAAUGUCCUAAACCAAAUUGUGAUAGAGCAUUCAGGCGACUGCAUGAUCUUUCAAGACAUUUAAAAUGGCACGAAGAGCACUUGAAGAAAGUGGAAGAAUUCUUAAAUUCCUUAGAGAAAGAGAAACAGAAAGAGAAAGAGAAAGAACCUCCACUCAAAAAGAUAAAAUUAACGGAUAAUGAGCCUAUUAAUGAUGAUAAUUUAGAUGAACUUAUAGAUGUAGAACUUCGAAGACUUAAAGCGGGCGAUAAGUCUUAA